AUGUCAAUGCAACACCUCUUCUCGCACCAGCAGCAGUUCCCUGGCGACUGGGCCCAGGGCCACCAUCCCCACCAAACCCACAAUGUAGCCCAGCAUGCCCAAGCCCAGGCUCAGGCUCAGGCUCAGGCUCAGGCCCAGGCUCAAGCUCAGGCUGCCGCUGCAGCCCAGGCUGCCGCUCAGCAACAGCACUACAGUAGGAUCGCUGGCAACAACGGCACUGCCAUGCCUGGCGCUGGCGGCAUCCCUCGUGGACCGGCCAACGACCUCAACCAGCUCAAUGUCCAGGAGAUGGGCAUCACUGAGGAGAACCGCCGAGUCCUCGAGUGGAUUGCGCAAUUGAUGAAGCCGGCUACGCGUGAGACGGCCUUGUUGGAGCUGAGCAAGAAGCGGGAACAGGUCCCAGAGCUGGCGCUGAUUCUCUGGCACUCUUUCGGCGUCAUGGCCUCACUGCUUCAAGAGAUCAUCUCAGUCUACCCUCUUCUCAAUCCCUCGCAGCUGACCGCCGCCGCUUCAAAUCGCGUCUGCAAUGCGCUCGCGCUUCUUCAAUGCGUCGCCUCACAUACCGAGACCCGGGGCCUCUUCUUGAGUGCCCAUAUCCCGCUCUUCCUCUACCCGUUCCUAAACACGACCUCAAAGUCCCGCCCGUUCGAGUACUUACGUCUUACCUCGCUCGGUGUCAUUGGCGCCUUGGUCAAGAACGAUUCCUCCGAGGUGAUCAACUUCCUCCUAACCACUGAGAUCAUCCCGCUGUGUCUCCGCAUCAUGGAGACGGGUUCGGAGCUCAGCAAGACGGUGGCUAUUUUCAUUGUGCAGAAGAUUCUGCUGGACGAUAUUGGUCUGGCGUACAUCUGCCAGACAUAUGAGCGUUUCUAUGCGGUCGGAACUGUCCUCAGCAACAUGGUGAACCAGCUUGUGGAACAACAGACGGUGCGCCUGCUCAAGCACGUUGUUCGCUGCUUCCUCCGUCUAAGCGACAAUGCCCGUGCCCGCGAAGCUCUCCGCCAGUGCCUCCCAGAGCCCCUCCGUGAUGCUACCUUCUCCUCGGUUCUACGUGACGACGCUGCUACUAAGCGCUGCCUCGCCCAGCUCUUGAUCAACCUCUCGGAUAACGUUGUCGAGCCGACCAACAACCAGCAACUUCUCCAUUAA